AUCGCUUAUAAUCUUUUGGUUUCUUUAAGCUACGAAACCCUAGAUUUUGUGUAGGAACCAAAACAUUGAAUUUGAUCGUCGAGAAUGAGUGAUCAAGAUUUCGAAGCGAGUAGUAAUCCAGUGGACCGUACCAAUCAUCCUUCAGGGAUAGUUCCCACUCUUCAAAACAUCGUCUCUACAGUUAACUUGGAUUGCAAGCUUGACCUAAAAUCGAUAGCUUUGCAAGCACGGAACGCUGAGUAUAACCCUAAACGUUUUGCUGCUGUGAUCAUGAGGAUACGGGAACCAAAGACCACAGCGUUGAUCUUCGCCUCGGGAAGAAUGGUGUGUACCGGAGCCAAGACCGAAGACUCCUCUAAGCUGGCGGCUAGGAAGUACGCUCGGAUAAUUCAGAAACUUGGAUUCCAAGCAAAGUUCAAAGACUUCAAGAUUCAGAACAUCGUAGCUUCUUGUGAUGUGAAGUUUCCUAUAAGGCUUGAAGGUCUUGCCUGCUAUCACCACGCUUUCGCAAGCUACGAGCCAGAGAUAUUUCCAGGACUUAUUUACAGGAUCAGAGGAAAGAUAGGGAUGAAAGGAGCACAGAUUGUGCUACUAAUCUUUGUGUCUGGGAAGAUGGUUAUCACUGGAUCCAAGAAGAGAGAGGACACAUACAAAGCCUUUGAGAAUAUAUACCCGGUCCUCACUCAAUUCCAGAAGAAGUUCACCCGCUAGGCUAUAGAUCUUGGAGUUGUGUUGUGGUCUUUUAGCCCCUUGGGUCGAUUUUUUCUUUCCCUUAACGACUGUUGAGUUUGAUGUUUGGAAUAUGAGAAAUAUCGUAUGGUGGAAGUAUAUUCAUAUUUACAAAAUAUCUUUCAAAGUCUUGUAAUCUAUAUAAGGCGUAGUAGAACUGUAGCAUGCUUAUUAUAUAUUCCAAGUUAUUAAUACUCCAGAUAA